CGCACCUGCUCCACCUCCGGGCCUGCGCCUCCCGAUUGCCUCUCCAAGAUGGCGCUGGUGCCGGCGAAACCCACCAUCGACGACCUCCCCGACGAGGUGCUCAGAGAGAUCAUGCUUGGCGUCCCCACGCUGGCCGCCCUCGUGCAUGCCGCGGCCGUCUCGAAGCGGUGGCGCGGCAUCAUAACCAGCUGCACCAGCAAGUUCCUCCACGAUUACCGCGAGCGCCACCCAUCCUCGCCCUUCCUUGGCCUCUACAUCCCGCGCGAGUUCGGCGGCCUACCCUCUUUCCAGAAGGCGCAUUCAAUCCAGGCCGCCAGUAAGAGCGACCGCGACCACGACCACGACCUCUGGCGCGCCGCACACAAGGCCUUCGACCUCGGUGGCCUUGCGAGCGAUCCGGAGUGGCGCCUCCUUGACUGCUACAACGGCCGCCUCCUCCUCGCCAAAGGCCAUAACUCCCUGGUGGUGUACAACCCGUUAUCCUGCGAACGCAUCCCGGUACGCCUUCCUCAUGACAUCCUCCCGGAUUACUUCUCCGCGUGCUUGCUGCAAGGUCAUGGUGACGACGCGGCGUCGUUCCGAGUGGUCUCUGUGCAGCAAGGUCGCGAUCGUGACGGCAGGAUUGUUCGUGUUGUCGAGUACGACUCCCCUAAGAAGAGUUGGAAAGAUCACCCUUGGGAUCGGAAAACCCUGAAGAACAUUGAGGGGACUCAGCAGGGCGGAAUGAUGCACGCUGGCAACCUAAUCUUUUGCAAAUACACUGGAACAUCCUUGCUCUUGCUGGACACGAGGAAGAUGUAAUUUUCCGCCCUUCCCCUCCCAGCUGACAACAAUUGGAAACGCUUUGCUAUAGGCGAGAUGGAGGACGGUGUAUGCUGUCUUGCAUCAGUUGAAGUUGAUCCAAUUGGGAUAUGGAACAUCCAACAUCUGAGAGUGUGGAGGCUGGAGAAGCUAAAAUGGACAUUGGAGAAGGAAAGGCGGGUGAAGCAGGUGCUUGGCAAGCAUGCCCAUGGCAGGGGUUUGUUCUGUACAGUUCGUGCUGUGACCAAUGGCAUAGCUCUUUUGCGCUCAAGCUCAAGCAUGCUUCAUUUCGUUGUUGACCUAAGGACCUUCUUUGUGAAGGACAUGUUUGAGUACAAGGAUCGGGCUUUUCCUAUGCAAAUGCCAUGGCCGCCACCGCCAGCCUUUUCAGCGGCUAUAGUUAGUGCUGAGCAAUCUGCCCCUUCCACUGCUGGUAAUGCUAAUGAAGCACAAAUUCAGAAAGAUAAUAUUCCGAAUAAUCAUGACCUACAAGCUCAGCAUAUUCCUGUCCAAGAUCCGAGUGUUAUGUGGGGCAAGACAUAUUCUAGGAGGAGAAAGAGGCCGCGGGAAAAUAAGACCCUCUCACUCCGUCAUCAGCUACCGGCCGGGCUCCCCCCUCCGGCCACUACACUGUGCGAUGAAGAUUCUGGUUUGAUUCAUACUGAAGCCGAGGCUCAGUCCAAUGAGUACCUGUCGUGCAAUGCUGCACGAGGCCAAAGGGAACCCCAGAGACAGAGAAGAAGCAACCGCGCGCCCAAGCCCAACCCAAGAGUACAAGGCUCAGAUUGGACACAGUGACUGACCUCGGUAGGAUAUGUACAGCAUCAUAUAUAGAGGGUGCAAAAUAUCCUUCCCAUCUCCAAGGCUGCCAAAUGAAAAUCAAUGUUGAUGGAGCAUUCAAAACUGAAAUGAGGCAGGGAGGAUGGGGUGCAGUCAUUAGAAACG